AUGCCGAUUCGCCUUCGCGUUGAUCUACUGCUCCUUGUAGAUCUCCUCAUCCUCCUCUUCCUCGUCGUCCGCGUCAAUGGCCAAUUUAUUCAGGACAUUCGAUCACAGUUGGAAAAUGACUUCAUGAAAUCACUGCAGGCUGAGGUAACAGAUGAUUAUGAAGCGGAAGCUAUUAGACCAUUGUCAUGGUAUCCAGGGAACGUUGCGCGGCAUUUGAACUUUUCUCGUAUGCAACUUAGAAAGAACCAGGCACUUGAGAGGUUCCAUGAGUUUUUAAAGCAAGAGAAUGAGAUUGGAAACAUAACAAGGCAAGAGGCUGUCAGCAUGGUUCCUCCACUUUUCCUUGAUGUACUACUGGAUCUCUAUUCUUGA